AUGUUACAAUUUGGCCUUCUUGCUGCUGGUCAUCUUCCUAUCUUUUUUGCAAUGUUCUUUACAUUAAUGCUAAGUGCAUCUUAUGUACUGGCAGUAUGGCAAGGUGAUGUAGAUCCAGUUUUUCCGUACAUUUCAUCUUCUGGUGAUCAUCGUCCAGAGUCAUGUUUCUUUAGCAUGAUGCUCAAUUUAUGCUCCUUUCUGAUAAUGCUUAUCAUUUAUUUGAGGUACUCACUGGUAGUUGAACUCAAUCGUGAUUCAGACCAUCUCCUGAAACGUUUGAAUAUUUUUACACUGGUUGUUGGUAUGACUGGUGGAAUUGGAAUGUUCAUUGUCGCCAACUUUCAAGAAUCUGCCGUUAUUACAGUACAUUUAACUGGAGCAUUUUUAUGUUUCGGAUGCGGUUGUUUUUAUAUGCUUUUGCAAUUUUGUCUUACUAUUUACAUGUGUCCAUUAUACAACAGUCGUCGGAUUGGUUUUAUCCGUGGUGCAAUAGCAAUAUCUGCCAUACUGUGUUUCAUCACAGUUCUUUCUUUUGGUAUAGCUGCAUCAAAUGAAUUUCACAAACAUUACCCCGAUCUACCUACACCGAGGCCUUGGUCCAGGAAAACAAAUCAACCCGGUUACAAUCUUCACUGCGUUUCUGCUAUUGCUGAAUGGUGUUUGGCAAUAUGCAAUGUGUUAUUUAUAUUGAGUUUCUCUCGUGAUUUUGAGAAACUUCGUGUUGAAUUGACUGUGCAGCCGCUGGUUUCGCAUUUGGAUCAUAGUCCACUAUGGCGCUCCGCCACCGAUCUUAGUUCGCCGUAUUGA